UCCAGCGAUGAUUAAUGUAAAAAUUAGAUAAAAAAACGACAAAUUCAUCAGAAAUCCCACACGAAUUGAGCCAAUAUUGAGCGCAUUUUAAUGCAUUUGAUUUAUCCAAUUCCAAAAUUCGUCGUACCCAAACGAAACAAAUAAAAAAAACAUUUAUUCAUCAACCCGUUCUGGAGCCUUUGUUCCCGUAUCGAACGGUCCCUUCUGCCCCAACUCCCUUCAGUUCGAUACGGACUCCACUCGUCUUGGCCCGUCAAUUAUCUCUCCUCGCCGCUCGCCCAACCACCAGCCGAUUCCUUAAACCUUUUCAAACGGCCGAUCCGAAUCGAAGUCGAAGGGAAAGGAAAAGGCGAUAAGGACAGGCUGGGCCUCCCGCCAGCCAACGCUGGAGGUCGCAGGUCGCCUUGCGUUCAGUGUUCAGUUCAGUAUCGUAGACAAUCAAUCCCUUCGGCUAGGGCCGGGUGUGCUGGUGAGAGCGUGAGCGAGUCGAGCGGAGGCCUUCGAGUGGUGUUGCGAGUUGAGUGUUGAGUCCUUCCAAUCCCGCUAGCCAAGCGGAUCUUUGAUCGCCGCCGUCGACACACAUGUCCUGCGAUCUAGUGGGGAGCGGAGACCGGCCACGAGAAGCGCUGAGCGCUGAGUCCGACCCGGCCGUAGACAGAUACGAGAUUAUGGCGUUACAGCGUUCUAAGUGGAAUCGUAUGGCCUAGUUCCGCUCCGACCGUGCGAGUUCAGUUUCCCUUCGAUUCGAUCCCACUGGCUUCGAUUCUUGCGUUGCGUUUUGUUGUCGCGUCGUCGGCUUUUGGCCUGGGCCCGAUUUCUGUUCAUGCUAACAGCCCAGCGUAGCGAUGGCAGAUGCAGAGGUGUGCCGUCGGAAUCGUUGCAGAUUGUGCCUGUGCGAGGACGCGGGGGCCCUGCGGCGGACGCUCGACGAUGCGGGGCUCUGCGACAAGAUACUCCGCCAUUUGGCUAUCAAGAUUGAAGCAUCGGAAAAAACAUCGAGCAUGGUGUGCAACGAAUGCAUAGAAAAAGUAUCCAAUUGGGACGCGUUUCGAGAGGAAUGCAUCAGAAACCAAGCGAAAUUCGACGAAGAUUCACAUUCCAAUCGAUCAAAUUCCCCAUCGAUGCACGAAAUCAAUCCCUUGGCUAAUAUUAGCGUUCAAAUAAAGGAGGAACCGGACGUGGACAUUGAUCACGAGUUCGAUGAAUGCCACAAGGAUACCGAAGAUGCCAGAAUGGGUAGCUUGGAUCAACCGCAGGUUUACGUAAAAAACGAACCGUUAGACGACGAACCGAUGGAUCAAGAAUUUCACGAAUUCCCACCGACCUUGUCGCCGCAUCCUUUGACCACCAACGAUUUCCCGGAAAUUAUUAGUGAACCUGAUUUAAAUAGAAAAUGUAGCGUUUGUGGCAAACUUUUUAGUAGUACAGGCAAUAAGAAAAAACACGAAAGAGUGAUGCACGGACUACACACUCCCGCCUCCGACCAGAAUGGUAGGCUUAUUUUUUGCAUGACCAACGGAGACGUCUCCCCAACAGACGCGAUCAAAGCCGAGCAACGGAAAGUCCUGUUCGAGCAGAGCUUGUCGAAGCUGAGCGAAGACAAAGAAACCAUAAUCAACGCGGCCCUGACCAAAAUCGAAGUCAGCUACAUCGAGAAGUGCAAGGCGAUGGCCGACAUGCACAAAACGUUGGUGUGCGCCUGCCACAACGUGCCCCAUCAGAACCUCAAAGGGCUCCUGUCGCAUUUGCGCGCCCUGCGGAUAUGGUUUCCGGUGUUCACGUGCUACAACUGCAUGAUCACCUUCACCGAUCGUUCGACGUUCACCAAGCACAUAGCGAGGUGCUCCAGCCAACCGCUGCACGCCAUCACGAAGCUCAGCAACAUGAGCAACCGGAGCGAAUUGAAAACCAGGCUCUACCAGAACUUCAAGUGCACCAUAUGCAAGUUCAUGUUCAGCUUCCACGAGGAUUUCAGCCGGCACGUGGACGAGGACCAUUCGAUGGCGCGCUUUCCCUUGCACUGUCCCUGCGGAAGGGUGUUCGCCGGCGACGCGGAGUACAAAGACCACGUGUACGUCAGUUGCCUGGUCGAGUUCUAUUGUGAUAUUUGCUUCGUGACCACCAAAACCAUCGAGGAAUUCCAGAAGCACGCCGUAGAGGUGCACGACGAGUCCGAAGGGUUCAUCCUGUUGCAAGACGACAAUUACAAGGUGAGGAAACCCUCGAUGCACACCAGUCCCGUCGUAGAUGAAGCUGUUAUACUGACCGGUAAAAGGGAACGGAAGUCUUCGAUUAAGAAUUCGUCUAUCGACGAGGAUGAUGGUGUUCCGGAGGAGCCGAAGCCCACAUACUACACGCCGAAAACCGAUAACAGAGUGUGUCCGGUUUGCUGCAAAGAAUACUCUUCCUACAAGAACAUGAUGAGGCAUUUCAAAACGCAUAAAUCCGACGACCAUCAGGACAUGGAAGUCGACGACGAGGAUUCGUUUUACUCGUGUCCCGAUUGCGGGGGAGUGUUCAACACGUUAGAAUGGAAGAUCCAUCUGACGGAGAAACACCAGAACAAACCGUGCGGCGAAUGCGGCAAAUUGUUCCAAUUCCAAACGGAAUUAGACCAACACCGCAGCGUCCAUUUGAAUCUCAAGGUGUACAGGGACUCGAAAACGGACUCGUACAAAAGCACGAUGGUGAGUCCCUCGUCGGAAGAGGAGAGUCCCGUCAAAGAGGAACCCCUUCGGGAGUUUGAUAACGAAGACGUCGACGUGGAGACGUUCGAUGAGAAGAAAUACAAGUGCGAAUUGUGCUCGGACGAUUUCAACAGUUACUCGGGCUUGUGGGAGCACAACCGGGUGAAGCACCCCGAACGGAAGACUCCCAACGCGGACACUUAUCCCAAGAAAUGCGAGGAUUGCGACAAAGUCUGCACGACCGGCGCCGCUUUGUAUCGACACAGACAAAUCCAUCUCAAACCGAGCUACAACACAUCGUUGUUAAAAAUCAGAAAAACGGAAAUCGUCGAAGAGGAAUCUUACCACACGUGCAAGCGUUGCUUCAAAGUGUUUUCCAGCAAGUACAAUUUGAAGAACCACCUGAAAUGCCACGGGAUCAACGUGAACCCGGCCAGUAAGAAACAAGUCAAAAAACAAGAAGCUUCCAAACAAGACCAGCCAAACACCGACGACGACGAAGAAGAGGAAACCACCACGCCUCUCAUAUUCACCUGCGACAUAUGCGUGAUGACGUUCAGCAACAAAAUAGCGUUGAAAAAGCACAAAGAAAAGCACAUGUACGAGUUCAAAGGUUUCCCCAAAGCCAACGAUUCGAUAUGCUGCAAGCUGUGCAAGGUCGCCUUCAGUUCGGCCGCCAAGCUGGCCCAACACAUGUCCUCCGAGCACGACCAAAGAGCCAGGAAGAAGGUGAACCGAGGCGUCGAAGAGGAGCAGCACGCCUGCUCGAUAUGCGCGAAAUCCUUCCACAGCGCCGGCGCUUUGACCACCCACAUCGGCUGGCACAAACGCGGCCACAACGAGGCCAACACCAAGGUGAUGAAGAACCACCCGAAGCCCGCGGCGAAGCCGGUCCCGGCGAAGGUGAAAGAGGAGCCCGGCGACCACCAGUGCGCCACCUGCUUGGCCAAGUUGCCCAACGACACCGCCCUGCAGGUGCACAUCCUCGAGAAGCACCGCAGCGUCAGCGCCAUCAUGCUGAUACCGCGCUGCAACACCUGCAACAAGGACUUCGGCACGCAGGACGAGUACGAGACGCACAAGCGGCUGCACGACUUCCUCGAGCGGCAGAAGCAGCACGAACAGAAGGCGGUGUCGCUGGAGAAGGUGCCCAAGCAGAAGAACUACCCGUGCAAGUAUUGCAACGCGGCGUUCAGCAGGUCGGACACGCUGGGGGCGCACAUGAGGCAGUUCCACAAGGAGCACAUCGUGACGGAGUUCAAGUGUCACCAUUGCGAUAGGAUAUUCGAGAAGCAGAAUUCGCUGACUAUUCAUUUGAAGGUGCACGAGAAGCAGAAGAGUCUGGUGCAGCCCGUUAGUAAACCGUUGUUUUCUUGUUCGAUUUGUAGUAUGGGAUUCGAUUUGCCUAAAGAUUUGAGGGCUCAUACCAUCUCGGCCCAUCCGUUUUGACCGUAAAAAGAUCUUACUGUUUGUUUAGCCCUUUUUUUUGUAUUCCAUUUGUUCUUUAUUAGUUUUUUUUUUGUUUCGAUAUUUCUAUUAUAUAAAUAUGAAUUAUUUCAAUACUAA